UUUUUUUUUAUUAUUAUUAUUAUACAUAUACUUGUAUAAAUAGAUACAUUACUACUAAAACAUUACACAUAUUAAUUCUAUAUACACUUAUAUAUAAAAAGAAGACAAAAAAAAGUGUUAUAAACAAGUUUUUUUUAUUUUAUUUUAUUUUUAACAUUCGAGGCAAAUUUAAAGCAAGAUGAAUGUAUGUAUUUCAGUUAUCUAAUGAAUAUCAUCAGAAUAAAAUAAAGGAAUUAAAAGCCAAAAUAGCUCAAAAUGAACGGAUGCGUGAUAAAGCAUAUCAACUCAAACCUUUAUUAAAAGAUCGCAAUGCUAUUUCACAGUGUGAAACUGAAAUUAAAGAAUGUCAAAAAUACAUUGAUUAUUUUACUGAAGAACUUUUAAAGAUUGAGUCUCGAGCAGAAUCAGAUACAGCGGGUGACCAUUCUUCGCCUGAUUCAACUAAACCUAAUGAUAAUUCCCAUUUACCUCCUCGCUCAGGCAAUGCUAGUGUACCUCAAGAAGGACGUGAAGUAAAGAAAUACUCUACUUUAGAUUUAUUGACAACAAAUACCGUAUACAAUAAAUCAAAAGUAUCACUCAAAUUACAUGAAUUAGAAUAUAAACUUGAUGUAGAAAAUAAAGUGUUGGCUGGUAUCAAAACAAUGGCUGAUGUAAUGGAUCGAGACCAUUUUUUGAGUGAUAGAAAAGGAAGGCAUGAACUUCAAAGCCAAAUGUAUGAAAGCAUUGAAAAAUUAAAUUUAUUAACAAAAGCUUUAAGGAAAUAUAAGAGUCUUUACAUUGGUGAAGAUGAUGAUGAAGAAGACUAUGAACUAGAAACACCUCCUGCUGCUCGUAUGCCACCUGGAUUUAGAAGACCAGUAACAGGAAAACUACAAUUAGAACUUAUUCAAGCACAUGGAUUGGCUCAUGCACCUACAAGAAUGUUUAAAAUGCCUAAUACAAUUGUUUAUGUUAAGAUUGAUGGAAAUAUUGUAUUUAAAUCUAAAUUAUCACGUAAUGAUAAAUGGCUGGAUGUAUGUGAAACACAUGUCAAUAAAGCCACUGAAGUUGAAAUAUCAAUCUAUGAUCAAGAAGCAGAGCGUAGUUUACCUAUUGGUAUCUUUUGGUUAAAAAUUACUGAUAUUGCUGAAGGUUUACGUAAAAAAAAGAUUCAACAAGAAAAUAGUCCUGGUUGGGUUCCUGCAGAAGUAUACCAAAAGCAAGACCAAGAAGGUGAUAAUCAGUUACAACAACAACAGCAGCAGCAACAACAGCAACAGCAAGAACCUAGUCGAGUGGAAAGUACAGAAGAUGGUAUUCAAGCUUGGUUUGAUGUUGAACCUUCGGGUGAAAUGUUACUUCGAGUUAAUUUCGUUCGUGAGGCUGCUAAUCGUCGUCCAUUAGAUAAAUUAGGUCGUGCAGGCGCUGUAAGACAAAGACGUGAAGAAGUACAUGAAAUGAAUGGUCAUCAAUUUGUUGAAAAGAAAUUUUAUAAUAUUAUGCGUUGUGCACUCUGUGGUGAAUUCUUAGUGAAUAGUGGUUAUCAAUGUGAAGAUUGUGAAUACACAUGUCAUAGAAAAUGCUAUACAAAAGUCGUUACUAAAUGUAUUUCUAAAGCAAAUGCUGAUAAUAAAGAUGCGGAUGAAGACAAAUUAAAUCAUAGAAUUCCUCAUCGAUUUGAACCUAUUACAAAUAUUGGUGCUAAUUGGUGUUGUCAUUGUGGUUAUAUGCUUCCAUUAGGUUCUAAAGGCGCCAAAAAAUGUUCUGAAUGUGGUAUUACUUGUCAUACAAAAUGCCAACAUUUUAUUCCUGACUUUUGUGGUUUAUCUAUGGAGAUGGCAAAUCAAAUGUUGGCUGAAAUUAAGGCAGCUAAUAAAAGAAAAACAUUGGAAGGUUCUGUUACUCCUUCUACAUCAUCUACUACAAGUAGCAAUAAGCCAGCUCGUGUAUCGCAUCAUGAGGAUGAUAAACUAUCAGAACCUUUAUCACAGUUAUCAUUGAAUCAACAUAAGCCAUUACCUAAUAUACAACAACCUGUCCCUCAAAUGCAAAUGCCUGUACCACAACCCAUUGUACCACCUAAAAGCCCUAUUAGUCAAAUUCAGCCUUCACCUCCUCCUUCAUUACCUCCUCAUACUCAACUCUACCAGACUCCUCAACAACAAUACCCAACACAAAUAAAUGAUAUUCAAUAUCAAGCUCAUCUUGAUCCUCGUCACCAACAACCUGUAUGUUCAACAACUUAUCAACAGUCACCUAUUCCUGCUCCAGUAUCCCCAACUGUACGUCCUGUUUACAAUCAACCUCAUCCAAUCGAACUUGCUCGACCUCCUCCACCAAAAUCUCCUCAACAACAAAGACGAGUUACAUUAAAUGAUUUCAAUUUCUUAUUUGUGCUUGGUAGAGGUAACUUUGGUAAAGUUAUGUUGGCAGAAGAUAAAUAUGAUAAGCAAUUAUAUGCUGUAAAAGUAUUGAAGAAACGAUUUAUUAUUGAUAAUGAUGAAAUUGAAAGUGUUCGCUCUGAAAAACGUAUUUUCUUGGCAGCAAAUCGAGAAAGACAUCCAUUCUUGAUUGGUCUUCAGUCUUGUUUCCAAACUGAAUCACGUGUUUAUUUUGUUAUGGAAUAUGUGAGUGGUGGUGAUUUAAUGUGGCAUAUUCAACGUGAACCUUUCUCUGAAAGAAGAGCAAAAUUCUAUGCUUGUGAAGUACUCUUAGCGUUAGAAUACUUCCACAGCCAAGGUAUUAUUUAUCGUGACUUGAAGUUAGAUAAUAUUAUGCUUGGUUUAGAUGGACAUAUCAAAGUAGCUGAUUAUGGUCUUUGUAAAGAAAAUAUGUGGUACGAGGAUACAACAGGUACCUUUUGUGGUACACCUGAAUUUAUGGCACCUGAAAUUUUAUUAGAACAAAAAUAUGGACGUGCAGUCGAUUGGUGGGCUUUUGGUGUUCUUGUAUAUGAAAUGUUACUUGGUCAGUCACCUUUCCGAGGUGAAGAUGAGGAUGAAAUCUUUGAUGCUAUUUUAGAAGAUGAGAUUCUUUAUCCUGUAAAUAUGUCAAGAGAUUCUGUUUCUAUUUGUCAAAGAUUACUAACAAAGGAUCCAAAGAAGAGAUUAGGUUCUGGACCUACAGAUGCUGCAGAAAUCAAAAGCCAUCCCUUCUUUUAUGGAGUUAAUUGGGAAGAUAUGCUUGCAAAACGUGUACCACCUCCUUUCUGUCCUUCUAUUUCAGAUCCCCUUGAUACUUCUAACUUUGAUGAAGAAUUUACACGUGAAAGACCUGCUUUGACUCCUAUGAAUAACUUAUUGAACCGUGUAGAACAACAAGAAUUCCAAAACUUUUCGUAUGUGGCUGACUGGACUCAUACCUCUAAACCUUGGUAAAACAACAAAACAAAAAGAAAAGAAAAAGACAGAAGAUUCUUCCU